GGCAAUUCUCGAACUUCUACAAGGCUCACGGUUCAGCGACUGUGACUCCAUCAUCAUUUACUGCACACGUCGAGACCAAACAGAACAACUGUCGACCUACCUGAGGACGUGUCUGCAGAAGAAUCCAAUGAAUACAAGCAGUUCUAUCACGGAUCAAAACGGAGCUGAUGAAAUGGAGAAAGAAAACAAGGAGAAGAAACGUGGAAGGAAAAGGUAGAAAGGGGGAGGGAUGUCAGGGGUGGAUCUACAGGGGCUGGCCUCUCUGACCCACCACCCAAAAGUCUGACAAACAUAAAAUCUAAGACACUUCAACCCCUACCAUCUAUGCAGAGUUUCAUGUUUUUCCUAAUUGUAGAAAAUCCGAAACUGCGAAAUCAAAAUCGGGAAAAAAAUCCAUGUCUUGGCAAGCCGAAUGCUACCAUGCGGGUCUUUCAGCCGCACAACGAAAGAAAGUGCAAAAGAAAUUCAUGGCGGGAGAACUUCGUAUCGUAGUCGCGACAGUUGCGUUUGGAAUGGGUUUAGAUAAAGCUGACGUCCGCGCUGUCAUUCAUUAUAACAUGCCGAAGAGUUUUGAAAGUUAUGUUCAGGAGAUCGGACGGGCUGGAAGAGAUGGCUUGCCUUCUCAUUGCCAUGUUUUUAUUGACCCUGAGGUAUGAAAUAUUUCUAUUUUUAUCCUGGUAGUUCCCUAUAUUGGACCUCACGUUUGAGUGUAUGGCAAGUGUGUUGGGGCUCGGGUGACGCAGUCGUUAGCGCCUUUCACCUCCGAGAUCGUGGGUUCUAUUCUCGCUACGGACUCAUGUGAAAAGAGUCAGUGAACGCUCUGCCGAAAGUCGUGGGUUUUCUCCGGGUGCUCCAGUUUCCUCCCAAAGGGAAAGUUGACAGGGUGGGUUAGGAUAAACACAGUUAGGAAAGUAAUUUCUCAAUUGUUAUAAAGAUAAGUAGUCUUGGCCAAGUUAGUAACAUGAGCGUAAUACUUGAUGUAAUCACAUAAUGUAAUAGGUAGUUUUCUCUAUCUAUUCAGUCUUGAUUAUCACCCUUUUCUCUUCACAUCCUCUCAAUUUAGGGAGAAAAAUUCACUCUUUAUCCUUUUAUCUCAUUAGCCAUGAGGCUAAUUAAUUGCAUGCUUACAUUCAGUUUCUACAGCGCUAAGCAAAUGAAAAUUAACUGAAACAGCACUUGCUAAAAGAGUAAUAUUCGUACAAUAGUCAUGUAUGUAUUUAAACGUUCUAGGGCAAAGACGUUCGUGAACUUCGUCGACAUGCCUACGCCAGUACAGUUGAUAGAAAUGCAAUCAAGAAACUUGUACAUCAGAUCUUUCCCACAUGUGAUUGUAAAACACUACAUGCCAACAUGAAGGAAAAGCGAGAUAGAGAACUUGCCUUGGUUAAUACAGGAUCGAACGCUAAUGGUUCAAAUGAAGGUGCGAACCAGGAUUGGUUUGAUGGUGAUGAUGACAUUAUUGACCACAUGGUCGAGUUUGAGAGUCACGGCAGUAAAGAACUGGGAAUCAAUGAGGCAGAUAUCGUAGAGACUGAUACCAGUGAAAUUACCUCCAAAACCGAUGUUGACCAAAUUAUCGAUGGAAACCAUAGUGAUGUUAAAGGCAUUGUUGAUAAAGUUCCCCAAGAUGAUAUCAGAAUGAAUGACGCCACGAAAAGUGAUGACGUCACAACGAGCAAUGACGUCACAACGAGCAAUGACGUCACGAAGAGUGAUCACGCCACGGAUAGUAACGAUGUCGCGAAUCGUGAUGAGGUCACGAAUGACGAUGACGUCAUGACUGAUAACGGUGACGAUGACGUCAUCACGAAUGAUGAGUCGGUGACGAUGACGUCAUCACGAAUGAUGAUGGAUCAUCAUGAUACAGAAGAUAGUAAUGUAGGUUCUAAUCGUGUCUGUGGUGGUCAUGAAGUGGCAUUACCGAUUGAAAAGGCAGUGCAACAGCUAGACAUGAAAGAAGAAGCUAUAGAAACACUGCUAUGUUACCUCGAAUUACACGCCAAACGUUGGGUACAAAUUUUAAAAUCCGUUCGUUCUACGUGUACGCUAAAGUUCUACGGCGGCCCCGCCCAUUUACAUUACGUCGCUCAACGUGUUCCCAUGGUAACCGCCGCGGUGGCGUACGCACGCAAGCGCGGGCAGUUCAAACGCAACACGAGCUGUCUGACGUUUCCAAUUCUGGAAAUCGUCGACGAGAUGGGCUGGGAUUUGGAACCGGUCAGACGAGAAUUGUACGGCCUACAGUGGAAUGAAGGCUUGAGGCUUGCUGGUGAAACCGGUUUGUCAGCCGGUCAUUCCGGUAUAAUUGUCGAGUUCACGGAUCUGGCAUUCCAUGUUCGAGCACCUGGGGAUUUAUCUGGCGAUGAGAAAGAUGAGGUACGUGAUUUUCCAUCAAGACUGUAUUGUGGGGGAUGGGUGGGGGCUAUACCCAAUAAAGUAGAUGUUGGGAAGGGGGCUUAGUCCCCAAAAAAAUCAAUGUGGAAGAAUUUGUAUCAGAUUCUUCGCUGCCUGAAAUGUAAAAUGAACAAAAUGACCUAGUUUCGCCUGGUCCAAUCUUCCCCAGAACGCAGGAAGUACCAGUUUAGAAACUCUAAUUACAUGGAAAAAUAUUCCCGGAGUAGAAUUUGUCUAACCCCCAACCAAGCAUCCACUGCCAAAGACUAAAUUUAGGUGCCCUAAGGUUUACACGUUGCAAUUCUAACGCACCCUUUGUAAACGACAUUAAAUUAGAUAAAAAUUACUAGAAAUACACUUUUCCCAUACAGGUUUGUGACUUCCUUGAAGAUCGUAUUAUGGCUCAGGAACGUAGCCAGGUAGGACAACUUCAUAAUGUUUGGUCGACAUUUAAUACGAGGGCCCACCCGAAUUGUUGGCAAAGUGCGGAAGAAUGCGACAAAACGGUCGACGGCGACUUAAAGUCCGUCAUAAAAGCGUACUUUGAGAGCGGAAAUGACGUCACAAAGUCGGAGCUUGAAGCGCUAUCGACAGCUCGUAAAAACUCCGAGUUUCUCCAGAGUGUAAUCCCCGACGACGAAGAGCCAGUGAACUGGGACGGAGUUUCAAGGGACAUACGCUCCUUUAUUACAAGUCAUGGUGAUUUAGAGCUCAGUGGCCGAGCUAUCGCCCGAGUGUUUCAUGGGAUUGAUAGUCCAUGUUUUCCCGCCAUGGUCUGGGGCAGGGAGCGCAGAUACUGGAGACGACAUCUUGACGUGGACUUUAAUUUACUACGAAAGUGUGCCACUAAAGAAUUAGUCAAAUUUAAGUAGUCAAUGUAAAAAUAAAGGCACAGUACAUGUAUAGUUUUAAUGAAUUGUUAAUAUUAAAAUAUUUUGAUUUUUGUA